AUGCUUCAUCUGCUCUCCCGCAUAUCACAUCAAUCCCUGGCAAUACAUCGCAAGAGCUUAAACUGUGGUGCACUAUCCGCUGCAACCCGAACCCACAUCUAUAAAAACAGUCCGCGAGGUCGACUACAAGGUCAGGGUAUCCAUUACUACUCCACAGCCACAGAAGCAACCACAGGCAUUGCCAUUACCAUGUCAGACGGCCAAGCAUCACAACAGCAGGAGUCAGUGUCAAUGUCACCUGGAGCUGAUGCCGGCGAGAAAACCGAGCAGCAGCAGCAAUUGCCGAAGCUCACCGCGUCAGAGUUCCGACAAUAUAAUCGGUUGGCGGAACACAUGGAUCAGUUUCACAACGGUUUCCGCCUCUCCUGGAACGAGAUCUACAUGGCCUGCACCACCAACCAACGCCCGCGCUCCAUGUCCCUGCGCGACUUCAUCGCCUUCGCACUCCGCUUCUCCGAGCACCUCGAGAUGCACCACUCCAUCGAGGAGAGCUACGUGUUCCCCAAGCUUGCGCGCAAGAUGCCCGCCUUCCGCAAGCAGGACGAGCUGCUGGCACAGCACCGCAAGAUCCAUGAGGGCCUUGACAAGUAUGCAGCGUACUUGAAGGAGUGCAAGAACGGCGAGCGGGAGCUGGUGUUAAGGGAGCUCAAGGAGCUGAUGGAGACGUUUGGGGAGGUGCUGUGGAAGCAUUUGGAGGAUGAGGUUGUGGAGUUGGGGGCGGAGAACAUGAGAAAGUAUUGGACGUUGGCGGAUAUGAAGAAUUUGGCGUUUUGA